CCUCCUCGAUCGACGAUGGCUUUGGUUUGACUAGUCUUGGUAUACACAAUUGUAAUUUUUCGAUAUCACUUUCGCCCUUUGGUAAUGAGUCCCCGAAGCAUCGAGAGGGCCCCUUCCUGUCAUUGUACCUACACUUUGGUCGAUCUCGGCGACGUGUGUUACGUUCGCUGCGAGCGCUUGCCCUUCCCUGUGGCUGCCCGCCCCCUUGGCCUUUCGCUUCCCUCGCUCGAUCGAUUUGGUCAACAUUACUGCCCUUUACCUUUCUUCAACACGACCUCCCUCUGCUCGUCAUUCUUAUUCCUUGUGCACAAAACGUACAGAGGUUCCAUACAAUCCAGUUUACGCCGCCACCACCCUGGAACCCACCCUUCCGGAUCAGAACGUAAAGCUCUAGGGAUCGACUUUUUUUUUUUUUUCUUAAAUGAACCCGGGCCUCUUUGUCAACAGACAACCAAUCCUCUCUUCUCUCAUCUAGCCACCACCGCCACCAGCAACUAUCCACCUUUCGUCCACCCUUCUAUACCACGACCCCACUGUUCGUCGCAAUCGGCCCCUCCCGUCGCUGUCACGACGCAGACACUCUCUUAAGAGAGCCGGGCCUUCAAGUCACCGUGACGACAAGUCAGCAGUACUACUCUACUAUCGACUUCGCCGCACAGCUUAUCCAUUCGACAAGGCUACCAUUGUCUACCCAAUUCCCA